ACAUUGAUUUAGUACCAGAUGAUUGUUCAACGAUACUACGAUACAUGAUCGAAACAUUAUUCAUUAUUCAUGGUGAAACUAAAUUGAAUAUGAUUUGUCCACUUGGUGGUAAUGCUGAAAAACGUUACGGCCUUCCGUAUAACCUACAUUGGUGUGCUAAUUUGAAUAAUUCAUCAAUGUAA